AUGGAUGAGAAUCAUAAAGAAAAGUCGGAGCUGCAGGCCAACGUUCGCCAAGCUUCCGUCGACGUUGGGGUACAUCAGUCCCAACCACACCAUGCUCAAACCAAGCGUGGGCUCAAAUCUCGCCAUGCCCAGAUGAUUGCUCUGGGCGGCACAAUCGGCACUGGUCUCUUUGUAGGCUCAAGCCAGGGUCUUCGCAUGGGGGGACCGGUGUUUCUCUUAGCUGCUUACUGCUUGAUUACAUUCUUGGUUUUCGGCAUCGUUACGGCUACUACCGAGCUAAGCUCCUAUCUUCCGGUUCCCGGUUCCUCGGUUUCAUACUAUGGCAGUCGUUUCGUCUCUCCAAGUGUCGGUUUUGCCCUCGGCUGGAUGUACUGGUACAUCUUCGCUAUUACUGUACCCAACGAUAUUACAGCGGCAAGUUUGGUGGUUCAAUAUUGGAAUCCGCCUGUUCACCCUGCAGUUUGGAUCACGGCGUUUAUGAUCCUCAUCAUCGCCUUGAACUGUUUCCCCGUCUCGGUGUUUGGGGAGUCUGAAUUUUGGUUUGCAUCGCUUAAAGUCUUUGGGAUAGUUGGGUUGAUCUUCAUGGCCCUCGUUCUUGUAUGUGGCGGGGGGCCGAAAGGGGACGCUCUUGGGUUCCGCUAUUGGACACAGCCUGGUCCCGUCAAUGAGUACCUCGUUUCUGGCGACUCUGGGCGCCUGGUGGCUUUUAUCUCUACCACGACAUUUUCGGUCUUCGCUUUUGCUUUCGCACCAGAGCUCCUCGUGGUCACUGCGGGUGAGAUGGAGAGACCUCGCCAGAAUCUUCCAAGGGCAGGGAAACGUUACUUCUAUCGGCUUGUUCUAUUCUAUAUUUUGGGUGCGUUUUUCAAUGGUCUGAUUGUCCCUAGCAAUCACCCAGAACUCCUGGGAGGUACUUCGGGAGCUGGAGCUUCGCCAUGGGCUAUUGGUGCGAGAGAUGCCGGUAUCAAAGGCCUGGACUCCGUCAUCAACGCCGUCAUUCUUACCUCGUCAUGUUCCGCGGGCAGCUCGUAUCUCUACCUGGCAAGCAGGACUCUUCAUUCAAUGGCCUUGACUGGCAUUGCUCCAGCAUUCUUGAAGAAGUGCACGAAAUCCGGGAUCCCAUACAUGUCGGUCAUGGUGAAUUCCUCGUUUUGUUUGCUAGCUUUUUUGAAUGUUUCGGCGUCUGGGAAGACUGUCUUCAAUUGGUUUGCCAAUCUCAUCAACACGGGAGCUUUCAUCAGCUGGAUCAGUAUUUGCUUCAUCUACCUUCGCUUCAGGAAGGCGACGGAUGUUCAACGCGUGGAGGAGCUACCAUAUCGCUCUUCCUUCCAGCCCAUUAUGUCGUAUGUAUGCGGAGUCAUCCUGACGUUGCUCAUGCUAGUGAAUGGGUUCACCAACUUCAUUGCUGGGAACUGGGACACAUCUAAUUUCAUCACUGCGUACAUUGGGAUUCCCAUUUGUUUGAUAUUCUACGUUGGUCAUAAGGUCUCAAAAGGCCGUAAUGAUCCCUGGAUGUGUGCUGCGGAGGAAGUAGAUCUUGUUACAGGCCUGGCUGAGAUUUUGGCGGGUGAGACUCCUUCCCCGACGAAAAAGGGUUGGAAGAACUGGUGGCGAGUUCUUUUCGAGUAG